AAAUAGUCAACUGGGGUCGAGAGUACCAACCAACGCAAAGAUGGUCACGAUCAGACUCCUCACCAUGCUCUUCCGCCUCCUGAUCUCGGUCUCGCUUUCCUAGAAUUGUUCCAGAUUGCUUGGUGGAUGGCUCAUCCUGAUGCCACACCUUCUUGUUCAAAGCCCAUAUUCGGAUAGAUGGUCAGCAAAGACGUUUGCGCAGCUUUUGUUGUGCCAGGUAACGCUCUUCAUUGACAAUGAUGUCGUUGGUGAUGUCCGUCGCUGCCUCCGUCCUGAAGGCUUCCAAACGCAGCUUGCCCAUUUCGUCACCAAGGAAACCGACCCAUGCGCAAGCAUACGAUCGAAUCGCUCUGUCCACUGUUUUCCGACUGCUGAUCUUGACAAGGCCAUCAAUGAACAGCGUGUGGUCGUUCGUUGCCAUUACGCAUGUUCUAUGCGGCACGCCGAUCCGCAUACUCGCCUGUCGGCCCGUUUGGCGGGGUGAGAUGCCCAUCGCGAUGCACUGUCGGCCCGUUUGGCGGGUGCAUCCAAGAGGCCAAAGAUGUGACUCUCUCAUAGGUCUUCUACCUCUUGGGAGACGAUCGCUGGCACCACAUUGGAGACAUCCUUCGAGCAUAGAGUGGCACACGAGCAUCUCAACAUCCUCUGCCGCCAUAGAGCUAGUAGCCGAUAACCGAGUCAAGGUUACAGGAGUGGUUGGAAGCACAUGACAGAGGACCAGGCAGAGGACCAGGCAGGAGAUAGGUGGUGGUGAAGAGAGAGUCUAUGCUGAUUCGUUGUUUUUAACUCAUUGCAGAAGAUACACUAUUUCUUUCGCUCUCGUUCCCCUCUCUACUCUGGUCUCUAGGAACGGAUACAGGAGUGCUUGAAAGCAUACAGGAGGAUGAACCAGGAAGAACUACGAGGACAGAACACAGGAAUGACGGAU